UUUUAGAGAUUCAGGAAUGCAGAAAGUUGGCAUGCCUUAUGGAUCGUGGUUUGACCAUGUCCAUGGCUGGCUAUCUAUGCGGAAGCGUGAAAAUUUCCUGUUGCUGAGCUAUGAGGAGCUAAAAAGAGACCUGAGAAACACUGUGAAGAAGAUAAGCCAAUUCCUGGGUGUGGAAUUAGGACAGGAAGCCAUAGACUCAGUCCUAGAGAACUGCUCCUUCCAGGCUAUGAAAAAUAAUAAUAUGUCCAACUAUUCCUCCAUUGAUGAAAGACUUGUGAAUAUAAAAGUAGCUCCCUUAUUGAGAAAAGACCAGGCUGAAUGA